UGAUUAUUUACAGAAGCGUCUUCUCUUCCGGGAUUGAUUAACCAUCCUAGUUAACCAAGAUGGCGGACCGGACGCCUGGUGGUGCUCAGAAAGCGAGUGCUAAGGCAUUGCUUGAAAGCAAGUUAAAGUCCUUCAGCAUUGGGAAAAUGGCUGUGGCGAAAAGGACGUUAAGCAAGAAGGAGCAAGAUGAAAUUAAGAAGAAGGAGGAUGAGAAAGCUGCUGCUGAGAUUUAUGAGGAAUUUCUCGCUUCCUUUGAAGGAGGAGAUGGCAAAGUCAAGGCUUUUGUGCGAGGAGGACUUGCAAAUGCAUCAAAAGAUACAGCUGGUGCAGAUGAGAAGAGAGGCAAGUUGUACAAGCCCAAGCCACGCUUUGAAGCCAAAAGCAUCUUGCCUCUGGAAACGCCCCCACAAUUCCUGGCACUUGAUAAAAGAAAUGUCAUAAAGAAGAACCUUGAAAAAGAAAAGAAAAAGAGUAACCUUGAACUUUUUAAAGAGGAAUUAAAACAAAUACAGGAGGAGAGAGAUGAACGGCACAAGUUGAAAGGGCGAGUCAGCCGCUUCGAGCCCCUUGGUGUGGAUGGGCGGCGCUCUGUGGAUGGUUCCUCGCGCAGAAACCGUCCAAACAGUGCUUUGGAUGACUCUGCUCCAGGCUCCCAUGAUGUGGGAGACCCCACAACAACCAACCUUUACCUUGGAAAUAUAAACCCACAGAUGAAUGAGGAGAUGCUGUGUCAGGAGUUUGGACGCUACGGCCCUCUGGCCAGUGUCAAGAUCAUGUGGCCCCGGACAGACGAGGAGAGGGCACGCGAAAGGAAUUGUGGUUUUGUGGCCUUCAUGUCCAGGAAGGAUGCUGAACGUGCCCUGAAGAACUUAAACGGCAAGAUGAUCAUGAAUUUUGAGAUGAAGCUGGGCUGGGGCAAAGGUGUGCCCAUUCCGCCCCACCCCAUCUACAUCCCCCCCUCCAUGAUGGAGCACACCCUCCCCCCGCCCCCCUCCGGCCUGCCUUUCAAUGCCCAGCCCCGCGAGAGGCUGAAGAACCCUAACGCCGCAAUGCCCCCAGCUCCCAAAAGCAAGGAGGAAUUCGAAAAGAGUCUGUCGCAAGCCAUAGUCAAAGUGGUUAUCCCAACAGAAAGGAAUUUGCUCUGUGUCAUCCACCGCAUGAUCGAGUUUGUGGUGCGUGAAGGGCCCAUGUUUGAAGCUAUGAUCAUGAAUCGGGAGAUUAAUAACCCGAUGUACAGAUUUCUCUUUGAAAACCAGAGCCCUGCUCAUGUGUAUUACCGGUGGAAGAUCUACGGCAUUUUACAGGGAGAGGCUCCCAUAAAAUGGAGGACUGAUGACUUCCGCAUGUUCAAGAAUGGGUCACUAUGGCGACCGCCUCCUCUCAACCCAUACACGCAUGGUAGCGCUGAUGAUGAAGAGGAGGAGGAGGAAGAACAGGAGCCUGGCAAGAAAGGCUGCUUGAAAGAAGAUGAGAGGGAUAAGCUGGAGGAGAUGUUGAGGGCCCUAACGCCCAGGAGAAGUGACAUCGCUGAGGCCAUGCUUUUCUGCCUGAGCCACGCCGAGGCUGCUGAGGAGAUAGUGGAGUGCGUCACGGAGUCCCUCUCCAUCCUCAAGACCCCUCUGCCCAAAAAGAUUGCACGGUUGUAUUUAGUAUCUGAUGUGCUGUAUAACUCGUCUGCAAAAGUGGCCAAUGCAUCCUACUACAGAAAAUACUUUGAAACCAAACUUGGUCAGAUAUUUGCUGACCUCCAGUCUACAUACAAGUCGAUACAGGGCCACCUGCAGUCAGAAAACUUUAAGCAAAGAGUCAUGGCAUGUUUCCGGGCAUGGGAGGACUGGACCGUCUACCCAGAACCCUUCCUCAUCAGACUACAGAACAUCUUCCUGGGUCUGGUGAACCUCACAGCUGAGAAGGAACCUCCUGUGGUGACCGCCGUAUUGCCAGAGCCUGAACCUGUAGAGGAGAUCGACGGGGCACCAAUAGGUGAAGAGCUGGAUGGUGCUCCACUAGAAGAUAUGGACGGAGUGCCCAUAGAUGGCGCCCCCAUCGAUGGCGAACCUUUGGAUGGGGCACCCCUGGAUGACUUGGAUGGAGUUCCCAUCAAGGCCAUAGAGGAGGAUCUGGAUGGAGUUCCGCUUGAUCAGUCUGGGGCAAAAGGAGCGGCGUUCAAGGUAGCCCCGUCCAAAUGGGAAGCAGUGGAUGAGGCUGAACUGGAGUCACAAGCUGUCACUACAUCGAAAUGGGAGGUCUUUGAGACGCCCGAAGAGGAAGGGAAGAAGUCCGAGGACAACAGUGAUGAUGACUCUAGGAGCGCCCGGUCAGAAGAGCAGCAGAGCUUCUCCAACCCCAUGAGGGACGAGCACAACGACACCAAGACCAAAAUCUCUGAGAUGAACGAGGAGAAGCGCUCCAAACUACGCGAGAUUGAACUCAAGGUGAUGAAGUUCCAGGAUGAGCUGGAAUCAGGCAAGCGGCCCAAGAAGUCUAGCCAGAGCAUCCAUGAGCAGGUGGAGCUUUACAGAGACAAGCUGCUACAGAAAGAAAAAGAAAAAGAGAAACUUGAAAGGGAGAAGGAGAAAGAGAAAAAAGAGAAAGAGAAAACCGAGAGCCGCUCAAAGGACACAAAGAAAGAGAAAGAGAAGGAGAAAGAGGAAUCCCCUCCUGCUAAAAAAGAGAGGAAACGCAGGCACAGCUCAUCUCCCAGUCCCACGCGGGGCAGCAGCAGCCGGCGGCGGUCCCCCUCCCCUCGCUCGGAACGCUCAGAGCGGUCGGAGCGGUCAGAGAGGUCGUAUCCUAAGGACACCACGCGGUCACGGUCUUCUCACAUAGACUCCCCACGUUCUGUCACCAAGAAGUCCUCCAAAAGGUCUCCCUCAUCUCCCAGAACUCCAAAGCGAUCCCGAAAGUCGCGUUCGCGAACGCCCAAAAAGUCCACCAAGAAGUCCCGCUCCAAGUCCCGUUCCCCACACCGCUCACACAAGAAGUCGAAGAAGAGUAAACACUGACCCGUCGUCACAUGCCCCCCCCCCCAACACCCCCUUCUUACCCAGUCUCCCCCCUGCCCCCCUGCUCGCAGGACUCGUGUAGACAAGUCAGAGGAGUAGCAGCAGCCAAUCCCAACGUCCCAAUCUCUAUCCCCAAUCCCUUCUGUGCCUGAUCGCCUUGAGGACGUCGCUAGGAGAGACUGACAUUGGUGAUGCGUUUGCUGUGGAGCCCCCAGCAGCUGCUGUUUUAUAAUGUACAGUAAUCAUGAGAGAGGUGCGUGUGCUCUCCUAGGCCCGGGCCCCAAUUCCACCCCCGUGCUGGAUCACAUGCUCAUGCCUAGUCAGUGUGUACGGCCGUAGUCCGAUUUACAUGUGUCUGUUUUGUUGUUUUUGUAGUUCACAUUAAAGAGGAUUCAUAAGA